AUGGCCGAGCAACUUCCCUGCCCUUCAUGGAUUUGGUCCAAUAAUUCCAAUGUCCACGCCGCUAAGGAUCGGUCGUGGUUUGGCGCCGACUACACACCUAUCAAUUCCACGGUCGGCUCCUUGAUCGGAGGGCCCGAGAUCGCCGUCGUAGGGAUCGGCACGGUCGAUCUUCCUGUCAAACGAGACCCAAAUGCUACCGGACCGCAAUCCCACGGCAUCCUUCGACUCCACAACGUCCUUCACAUCCCAACAAUCUUUUGUAACGUCAUUGGAAAUCCGAUUUCCAAGGAAUAUGGUAUCCUGACGGGAGGACCUGGCACGGAAAACACGAGUGGAGUGAUCUUCGACAAGCAGCAUAGGACCGUCGCCUACUUUGACCCCCAGGCCGUACUCUUCGAGGUCAAGUUGAGCGAUCCACCGGUUGGGCCCGCGGUUGGCCCCUCGCCCUUUGUUCGGGGGGCAGCAUACUACAUCAACGUGCGAUGGGCCGAUAGCGAGCGGGAAAAAUGGGAGGCAUCGCGUGCGGCCAAUGCAGCCGAGUCCACGGAGGUGCCUCCCCUCUCGGAUGAGGAAAAGCAGUGGCUCAAGAAACACUGGGACGGCGAAUUCAAGUUCCUAGCGAGCCACGGCCUCAGCAUCUACAAGGAUGAGGAUCGCGAAGAGGGUCGCAUUAUCCUUCGGGCCAUCAUGGCCCACGACCGCGACGGUAAUCACAACGACCGGGAUUAG